CGAUAUUAACGUCACUGUCCUCACGCGUUUGGUCUCGAAGGCUACUGGUCCUAAACAUUCCUGUCUGCCUUUUACAAAGUAAAGAGGCAGGCACCUCGACUCCCGCUCUGCCAUUGUUGUCUCAGGUGUAAAACACAUGGUUGCGCGGCUUGACUCGGGUAGAGCUCAGUAAUUUGAAGCUUCGCAUAUCACAUUCGCCAACCCUUAUAAUACACCAACACCUCCACGCCAAUAAUUCGUUACCGUCCUAAUUUGGUCCACCACACCAGUGAAGGCAAGGGAGAAGAAGAAAAAAAAUUAGUCACUAUGAGUUCACCUGCUACCGUUCCCCCGACGGGGCCUAUUCCGCAAGACGGCAAGAAGAGGAAGGGCGUGGGCAAAGUCUUGUACCAAGUGAGGACUGUCUUCAAAAGAAGUGGUCGCUCUAAGAAGGGCGCCGCCGGACCGACCGCGCCCGCCGCUGCCGUCAUCACUAGUGAACCCACUGCUCCUGCUGCACCAACCAAGCUUGAGUAUGAAGAUGCUACCAGGAUUCCUCGUAUACAGAUUCACGAGGAGCGUGCGAAGAAACUUGGCGCCAGAUUCGGCCUAGAGAUCAAACCGAACGAGUGGCAUUCUAGUGAGGGAGAUGUUCUCCGUGUUGAGAAAUCAGUUCGUAUGCGAAUUCAUCGUGAGUGCCAUAGGUGCCAUUCAGCUUUCGGCGCUGGCAAUGAGUGCCCUGGUUGUCAGCAUAGACGUUGCAAGAAGUGUACUCGAAACCCAGUCAAGCAUACCGAGGAGGAAAAACAAGUCAUUCGAGAAAAGAGAGAAGCCCUUAUUCGGAGGAACAAGCAGUUGGGUCCUAUCAUUCCAAGCUACGACUACUCGGAGAAUAUUGUCUUGAAGCGACCCAGGAAGGCUGCCCAGGAUCUCGUCUAUAAGGGCAAGCCUCGCAUGCGUGUUAGGAGACAUUGUCAUAUGUGUAAUAAUCUGAUUGCCGGUAACACGAAAGAGUCGAGGGUAUGCGAUAAUUGCGGUCAUAGGCGUUGUGAUGACUGCCCACGAGAUCCGGACGGCAAGAAAAAGUAUCCGUAUGGAUAUCCCAAUGAUGCACCUGGUCAAGCGUUCAAAGGGGUACAUGCCUGUCACGAGUGUAGGAGGAAAUUCCCGGCAAAUACGGAGGAUGGGACCGAAUGCCGAAAUUGUUCGCACAAGAAGUGUUCCGACUGCCCAAGAGUCAAACCAAAGAAAGUCGAUCCCGAACCAGACCCCGAAAUUAUGGAAGCUUUGCGAGCUCGCAUGGAGUCUCUGAAGACAACAGAGAGCUAACAAUUUUAAAUACGCCCUACCUCGAUGAAGAGCGUCUCAGAAGCGCAAACCAGCCGGAGUAUUAUUCAAGAAUUGGCAUCGUCCUGCAUCGUCCAUCUUUCAACAGACUUCGACCAUCUCAGCAAAAUCCGUCGCAUUCGAGCAAGAUGUA